UAACUGUCGACGAAAUUAGAGAGCAAAGAGUCAAAAUCCUGUCAACAACAGCUAGCACCCGCUCCACUCGCCAUUUUUCUACAUAGAGCGAAUCAGACAGGUCAAAUCCCAUACAAUCCCAGUUCGAGAUCUAUUCACACUCGCCGAAAGAUCGACUCUUUACGAAGACCCAGAUCGACGGAUCUCGUGUUGAUGGCGAGUCACGCGGCGGCGUUGAAGGUCGGGCUAGCUUUGCUGGGGCUGAGCAUGGUGGGUUACAUACUUGGUCCGCCUCUUUACUGGCAUUUCACUGAGGCUUUAGCCGCCGUCAGUCACUCCUCCGCCGUUUCCGCCUCCUCUUGUCCUCUCUGCGUAUGUGAUUGCUCUUCCCAGCCUCUUCUCACGAUUCCUAAAGGACUCAGCAAUGCUUCUUUUGCCGACUGCGCAAAGCAUGAUCCAGAGGUGAACGAAGACACUGAGAAAAACUAUGCUGAGCUUCUAACCGAGGAACUGAAGGUCCGUGAAGCGGAAUCUUUAGAGAAACAAAAACGAGCAGACAUGGGGCUAUUAGAGGCCAAGAAGGUAACUUCGUCAUACCAAAAGGACGCAGAUAAGUGCAACUCAGGUAUGGAAACAUGCGAAGAAGCUCGAGAAAAAGCGGAACUAGCACUCGCCGAGCAGAAGAAGCUUACAUCUAAGUGGGAAGAGCGAGCUCGUCAAAAAGGAUGGAGAGACGGAACCACCAAGUCAAAUGUUAAACCCAAAAGCAAUGUUCAGGUUGCUUAGGGAAAAACUAGGAUCAUCAAAAUGAUCUUUGUUCCAAACCACUCGUGUAAUUGUGAAUUGAAUUUUAACAAUAUAAUGUCAAAUACUGUUAUAACUAAGCAAUCACAAGUUGUAUGCUUACAGUUAAAAAAAAAAAACUCAUACAAUAACCUA